GCCGAGCGAUUGCGGAGCGCGCUCCCCGGCGAGGCUGACAGAUCGCUCCGGUGGGUGCAAGAUGGCGCAAGCGGCGCUCCCCCUGCGCGACCCGCGCUCCUAGGAGGCAUGCGGCCCCAGCCCCCAGCCGCCCGGGCUCGGCCUCGGCCGGAGCCCCGGCCCCGGCCCCGGCCCCGGCGCCGGCCCCGUGGGACUCUGUGAGCUGCCAGAGGCCCGGAAGCCGCGCGUAGCCGAGCCGAGCCGAGCGGACCGAAGCCCCAUGGCUGCGCCCCGCGCCGCGUCCCGGCGCCGCCAGCCUGCGCUGCGCUGGCCCCGGCUCCUGCUACCGCUGCUGCUGCCGCUGCUGCUGCCCGAGCGGAGCUGGGGUCUUGGCCACUCUGCUGAACUGGCAUUCACUGUGGAGCCAAGCGAUGAUGUCGUAGUCCCUGGGCAGCCUGUAGUGCUGGACUGUGGGGUAGAGGGGACGCCUCCGGUACGAAUCACCUGGAGGAAGAACGGGGUGGAGCUGCCAGAGAGUACCAACUCUACCUUGUUGGCCAACGGGUCCUUGGUAAUCCGUCACUUCAGGCUGGAGGCAGGAGGCAGCUCUUCGGAUGAGGGUGACUAUGAGUGUGUGGCUCAGAACCGCUUUGGGCUGGUAGUCAGCCGGAAAGCUCGCAUCCAAGCUGCAACCAUGGCAGACUUCCACGUGCAUCCCCAGGCCACCAUGGGUGAGGAGGGCGGUGUGGCCCGUUUCCAGUGCCAAAUCCAUGGGCUUCCCAAGCCCUUGAUCACAUGGGAGAAGAACAGAGUCCCCAUUGACACGGACAAUGAGAGGUACACGUUGCUGCCCAAAGGGGUCCUGCAGAUCACAGGACUUCGGGCUGAGGACAGCGGCAUCUUUCAUUGUGUGGCCUCAAACAUUGCCAGUGUGCGGAUCAGCCACGGGGCCAGGCUCACAGUGUCAGGCUCAGGCUCUGGGGCCUACAAGGAGCCAGCGAUCCUUGUAGGGCCUGAGAACCUCACCCUGACUGUGCACCAGACCGCAGUGCUGGAGUGUGUCGCCACGGGCAACCCACGCCCCAUUGUGUCCUGGAGCCGCCUGGACGGCCGCCCCAUUGGGGUGGAGGGCAUCCAGGUGCUAGGCACGGGAAACCUCAUCAUCUCAGAUGUGACCGUCCAGCACUCGGGUGUCUAUGUCUGUGCAGCCAACAGGCCUGGUACCCGGGUGAGGAGAACAGCACAGGGCCGGCUGGUGGUGCAAGCCCCAGCGGAGUUUGUCCAACACCCACAGUCCAUCUCCAGGCCAGCUGGGACCACAGCCAUGUUCACCUGCCAAGCUCAGGGUGAGCCGCCCCCUCAUGUCACAUGGCUAAAGAAUGGACAGGUGCUGGGGCCAGGAGGCCACGUCAGGCUCAAGAAUAACAACAGCACACUGACCAUUUCUGGAAUUGGUCCCGAAGAUGAGGCCAUCUACCAAUGUGUGGCUGAGAACAGUGCGGGCUCAUCACAGGCCAGUGCCAGCCUGACUGUACUGUGGGCCGAGGGGCUGCCCGGGCCGCCUCGAAAUGUGCGGGCUGUCUCUGUGUCAUCCACUGAGGUCCGUGUGUCCUGGAGUGAGCCCCUGAUCAACACCAAGGAGAUCAUCGGCUAUGUCCUGCACAUCAGGAAGGCUACCGACCCACCAGAACUAGAGUAUCAGGAAGCAGUCAGCAAGAGCACUCUUCAGCAUGUGGUGAGCGACCUGGAGCCCUCCACGGCCUACAGCUUCUACAUCAAGGCCUACACGCCUCGGGGGGCCAGCUCAGCCUCCAUCCCCACCCUGGCCAGCACCCUUGGUGAAGCCCCUGCUCCACCCCCAUUGUCCGUGCGGGUCUUGGGCAGCUCCUCCCUGCAGCUGCUGUGGGAGCCCUGGCCCCGGCUGACCCAGCAUGAGGGUGGCUUCAAGCUGUUUUACCGCCCAGUAAGCAAGGCCUCCUUCACUGGCCCCAUCCUGCUGCCUGGAACUGUCUCCUCCUACAAUCUCAGCCAGCUUGGUGAGGCAGACACAGCACUGGGCCUGGGGAGCUGUGUGGGGGGUGUGGUGCUGGGGACCAGGAGGUGGUGUGCCAGGGUCACCUCCCUUUCCCUGCCAGGACAGAGCUGUGCCCCUGUAGGGGCAGGGGCAGUCACUCAACCCCCCUGCCUUCCCCUAGACCCCACGGCAGUGUAUGAGGUGAAGCUGCUCGCCUACAACCAGCAUGGAGAGGGCAAUGCCACAGUCCGCUUCGUUUCUCUGAGGGGAGCAUCUGAGAGGACAGUCCUGAGCCCACCGUGUGACUGCCGGAAGGAGGAAGCCACCAACCAGACAUCCACCACAGGCAUUGUCAUUGGCAUCCACAUUGGGGUCACCUGCAUCAUCUUCUGUGUCCUAUUCCUUCUGUUUGGCCAGAGGGGCAGGGUCCUCUUCUGUAAGGAUGUGGAAAACCAGCUCUCCCCUCCUCAGGGUCCCCGAAGCCAGAGGGACCCUGGCAUCGUGGCCCUGAAUGGGGCAGGACGGGGAGAACAGGGCCACCUUGGCCGGGACGGGAAACUUGUGGAUGUGAAGGAGCUACAGCAGCUAUUCCCCCCAGCUGGGGUGGCCGGGCAGCCUGGCCCCAGACCCAUGCAGGAUACUGCAGCCUCUGCCCCAUGCGAGGAGACCCAACUUUCCAUGCUGCCAUUUCAGGGGUUCAGCCUUCUGGAGGGGAGGACGACGGAGGCCCUGACCUCGUGCAUGGGCCCCAUGGCUGCCCUGACACCCCAGGAUGGAGGCACUGGCCUCCUCAGUGAAGGACCAGCUGCCUGGCCAGCACGCUCGGCACAGUAGCCAGUGUCUGGCAGGCUCUGGAGGGGCACACCCCCAUUCUCAGGUUAAAGCAAGAGUUCUCCUGUCAUGUGGGAAUCACAGUCCUGGGGGCUCCCCAGCAUUUCUGUCCUGACUGCCCCUUGGGUUUCAAGACCCAAGGCAGCCUCAGCAGGGACUCACCUCUGAGGAGCAGGAAGGGUCUCCGCAGGAGCCCAUCCCCCUGCUGCCCUGCAGGGCUAAUACCCCCUCACCUCUGCCUGGUACCCACAUGACUUGGAACUGAGCUAACAUUUUCUUUUCCUUCAAAAAGCAAACCUUAAAAUCAAAAAAGACAAAAAAAAAAAAAAAAAGAAGAAGAAGAAAGAAAGAAAAGAGAGAGAGAGGAAGGUAAAUUAGACUCCAAAAAUAUGCCCCUGCUGUGGCUGGGCCCUGAAGCUGUCACCCUCCACUGACCAUGUUUUCUCAGGAUGGAUUUUUGCUGUUUUGGCUCUCAGCACCUACCUCAAGCCGGAAUGAAUGUCUUUGGGGGAGUGUGGCGCUAGCCUCCGCCCCUUACCCCACGGAGCCCGAAUGCACUCCUACCUCAAGCUCCCUUUAAUGGGCACCCCCUCUCCCUCCCCACGUUGUUGUCCGGAGUUAAAAAAAAAAAAAAAAAAAAGCACUUCCCCCUUUCCAGGUAUGAAAGAAAACGUCUACCUCAAGGCUCGCUGGCUUUGCGGCCUGUGUUAUGUCACUGGACCUCCCUCCCUCCCGUCUGCUUUACCCAAAGCCCCACCUGCCUCUCCCCCAGAGAGGAGACUGGAGGCUGAGUCACCAAGGGGGCCCCCUUGGGGCCUGCAGAAAUGAAAAUGGGAUUGGUCAGAGAGAAAAUGUGAAAAAAGCCAAAAAUGAGAGGAAAUUUGUUCCUUGAAGUAUAAAUUUUUAUCCAAACAAGCCACCGCCCAGCACGCUGCCUGUACUCCCUCUUGUCUCAUCUGUCCACUGCCAUUUCAACCCUCUGGGUCAGCCCAUCCUUGAUGGGGAUGCUGUGACCCUCCCUGCCUGGGCCUUGAGAGGGUGGGACGUCACCCUUCGGCCUGUCUCCUAUCUUGCCCAGAAGCAGAGCUCCCCUGUGCAGGCCCAGCCCUUGGAAUGUACCACAUGUGUGAUGGGUGUGUGGGGGGUGGGUGUCCCUGGCAGAGGCACCCCAGCCUUCUGUCACAGGGGACAUAGCUGGCCUAACCCACCCUCUGGAUAGUGGAAUGACCACUGUCAGCAGAUGCAGCCGAAAGCUAUUUUUAUACCAGGUGUGUUUUUACGUUCUUGGGACUUUCUGUUUCUCUUUUCUGUUGUUAUUCUUUGAACUACUUAAAGAAGAAAAAAAAAAAAAAACCAAGGAAACAAAUGCCUAUUUUUGGUUACACUCAAAAACAUUUUUUUAAAUAGCAGAAGAAAAAGUUUUUUUUAAUGAAAAAAAAGAGAUAAGUGUAUUCCUUAAGAAUGAGAUUAGACCAGAAAAUCCCCAACCCCCGACCCUCUAGGGACACCCCACCCUAAACUAGUUAAUUAGCUGAAGAAGGUAGAAUUUGUGGUGUUCUCCUAGAAAACUAGAGUUGUAUCCAUGUGGACUUGGAAGGGCCAUUCCCUCCCUUCUCCCAUAUGGUGGGCCCAUACCAAGGGUGCCAUCAAGCUCUGAGGCAGCACCUGUCUGACCCCAAAGCAGCUUCUCUCUGGAGACCCUAAUCCCUUGGGGAGAGUGGGACUGGGACAGGAGGGGGCUACCUGGCCUGACCUGGGUUUUGUCACACUGUACUCAUUUUGACUGAAUAAAAGUCCUGUUGCCAAAGUGAA